UUAUAAUUAUAACCCAAUGAUUCUGUAUAAAUUAACUACUUCAGUUACUAUAUAGAGUUUAUAAUACAAAAAACCGCAAUAUUUGUAUGUAUUAAUGUGGUGAGUGUGCGUCGAUUUUAAAUUAAAUUUAAAGGCUGUGUUUAUUUUGAUUGAGUUUAGUUAAGUAUGACCGGCGUGAAAGUUUGGUGGUGCCUGUUCGCAUUUUGCUUUGUGAUUAUUUUUGACCAAUCAACGACGACUCAUAUAGAAUGUAUCCCAUUAAAAGAUUGCCCGAUGGCUAUGAACUUAAUAAAUACACAAAAGUAUGCUCCGAAAACAAUUAAAUUUUUAAAAAAUAGCCAUUGUGGAAUUAUUAAUCACGAACCAUUGAUUUUUUGUCCCUCAUUUAUUGGAUGUAAAACGAGACAUGCACAAAACGGAACAUGUGCACAUGUGCACAACUGCACCCCUUUAUUAAAAAUUGUAAACAGCCUGAAUUUAAAUGACUAUGAAAGGAUGGAAUUCUAUGAAAAACAUCGAUGUUUUUCGCCAUAUGAUGAGGAUUUUAGAGUAUGUUGUCCCAUGAAGGAUCCAUUUCAUUCAGAUGAUAAUUCAAUUUGGGACCGAGCUUCACAUUCACCUUUCAAACCACAUAGACCUACCAGAGAUGACAGCACAGAUAGGUCUGUGGAUGACAGUAAAGAAGACUUUGAUGCAAAUGAAGAAUGUGGUAUAAGUGUUAACGGCAAUGAGAGAAUAACAGGAGGAAAAUCCACAGAGCUUGGAGAAUAUCCAUGGAUGGCCGUUUUACUUUACGAGGGGCAAAACGGCCUAAUUAAUGGAUGUGGGGGCUCAUUGAUAACUGAUAGAUAUGUCUUAACAGCAGCGCAUUGCUUGCAUAAAGAUAUUUUAAGAAGAUAUAAUCUUAAGGAACUGAAAUAUGUUGUUUUGGGUGAAUACGAUUUAAGAAAUAGGACUGACUGUAUUUAUGGGGAAUGUUCAGAACCACCUUUAUAUUUUUCAAUUAAGAACAAAAUAGUUCAUUCAAAGUUUUCCAAUAUAACAUAUACAAACGAUAUUGCUCUUAUAGAGUUAGAUAAGAAAGUUAAAUAUAGUGAUUAUGUAAAGCCAAUUUGUUUGCCGAACAAAAAUAUAGAUUUACAAGGAAAUGAAAGUUUUGUUAUAGCUGGGUGGGGGCAAACUUCUACAAGAUUCUCUAGUCCCACCAAACAGAAAGCCCGUGUUAAACUUUCUAAAUCUGAAGAUUGCAAAAAUAUUAGCAAAAGACAAAUUUGCGCGGGUUCCGGAGAUGGUAAGGACACAUGCAAUGGAGAUUCCGGAGGUCCUUUAAUGCUGGGUAAAAUCCAGGGUUCAAAUAUCGUUAACUUUUUAAUUGGUAUUACAUCUUACGGUUUUAAUAAUUGUGGAACAAGACCCUCUUUUUUUUCCUUUGUACCGGAAUACUUGGAUUGGAUUAAACAAAAUAUUAAUUAGACUGAAAUAGACUUUUUUAUUGGUAAAUUAUUAAUACCAAAAGUUGAAACUAUUGUAAUUAUAGUUGUUUAUUUUGUAACUAGUUAGUCAAAUAAAGAAAGCAUAAAUAUA